AUGAUCAAGGCAGGUAAUUGUCAGCCUAAUGCUAUUACUUUCGGCACACUAGUCAAAGGCCUUUGCAUGAAAGGCAACAAUGGUGCUGCUAUUCAGUUGCUAAGGAAAAUGGAGGAAAGAGCUUUCAAGAUUGACCUUAUUGUCUAUAACACGAUUAUCGACAGUCUUUGUAAAGAUACACUACUUGUUGAUGCAUUGAACCUCUUCUCAGAAAUGAUGAGCAAGGGUAUUGCCCCAGACGUCAGGACUUAUACAGCGUUGAUUCAGGGAGCUUGCAAAUUAGGCAAGUGGAAAGAAGCUACAAGGUUGUUGAAAGAAAUGGAGAGUAAAAAUAUUUUUCCAAAUGUGCACACCUUCACUGUCUUGGUAGACACACUUUGCAAGGAGGGCAUGGUUGUGGAAGCAGAAGGCGUGGUCGAAAUGAUGAUUCAAAGGGAUAUGGAACCUAAUGUGGUUACGUACAGUUCACUUAUGAAUGGUUACUGUUUGCAAGGAGAAAUGGACAAGGCGAAAAAGGUUUUUGAACUAAUGCUUAGCAAGGGGUCCAUGGUUAAUGGUUUUAGUUAUGCCAUAUUGAUAAAUGGAUACUGUAACCAGAAAAAAAUCGAUGAGGCCAGGAUGCUUUUUCUGGAUAUGUCUCGUAAGGGACUGGUUCAAGAUAACAUUAUUUGUAACAUUAUUGUGGACGGUUUUUGCAAAGUGGGUAGAAUACAGGAUGCACAAAAGGUGUUCUUUGAGAUGCAGACUUCGGGCCAACUUCCAGAUAUUAUAACUUAUAAUGUUCUACUGGAUGGCCUGUGUAAAAACCGACAACUUUCUAAAGCAAUGCAAUUGUUUCGCGAGAUGGAAGGCAAGAAGUUGGAUAUUGAUAUUAAGGUUUACAGCAUUCUUAUUAAUGGUUUGUGCAUAGCUGGAAAAAUUGAAUCUGCAAGGGAUCUCUUUUGUGGUUUAUCAUCAAAAGGACUUCAACCUGAUGUAGUGACAUACAAUGUAAUGAUUAAUGGACUCUGUCUCGGUGGCCUAACAAGUGAAGCAGAAGAGUUGCUUAUUGAAAUGGAAGAGAAAGGGUGCUCUCCAAAUGAUCGGACCUAUAACACGAUUAUCCGAGGGCUUAUCAAUAACAAUGAGACAUCAAGGGCGAUGGUACUUAUUCGACAAAUGGUGGAGAAUGGUUUCUCUGCGGAUGCAUCAACAAUGGAAUUGAUAGUAAAUUUAUUGUGCAAAGAUGAAGUCGAUCCUGCUUUGUUGCCUUUGAUAAGAAAAUCAUUGUGA